AUCGGGCUCGUUCAGCAGGCGCCCGGCCAGAUGGGAUAAAUAAGGCGACCCCAGUCGCCGACAGGAGGGGGAUCGGGGAAAGCGGCAACAUGGUCCGAGAUGGCGGGGGCGGCGGCUGCCACCGAGGCAGCGGUGAUGCCAUGCUUUCCCCGCAGGGGCUCCGGCUCCUCCUCCGCCUUUUCCUCCUCCUCUUCCUCCUCCUCCUCCUCCUCCUCCUCCUGCCCAGAUGUGGCCGCCGCCCCCUCCAGCUGCUCCUCACCCACCGCGCCCACGGUACAACAAACAUUUCAGUCCCAGACGUUUGUGCCUCUUGCCAUGUAUUUGCUACCUGUCAACAAAGAGAUGGGAAAAAGAUCUGUAUCUGUAACUAUGGUUUUUUGGGAAACGGAAGGACCCAGUGCAUUGAUAAAGAUGAGUGCAACAUUGGAGCCAAACUGGUCUGUGGAGAACACACGUCAUGUCAUAAUACUCCUGGAAGUUUUUACUGCAUCUGUCUGGAAGGGUAUCAAGCAUCAAACCACAAUAAGACAUUCAUCCCCAAUGAUGGCACCUCCUGUUUAGAUGUGGAUGAGUGUAAAGUUUCAAGCCAGUGUGGACUUGGGGGACGGUGUGUAAACAUCGAUGGCAGCUACGAGUGCUACUGUAUGGACGGAUACCGACCGAAGAAUGGGACACAACCUUUCCAUCCUGCCGGAGAUGUCGCUCCUUGCACAAAAAUAGACUGUGGCAUUCCGCCUGAGGUCACCAACGCCUAUAUCUCAGGAGGCUACAGUUCUGGUUUGGGUGGUGAGGCUCAUUAUUCCUGUAAAGAAGGAUUUUCCAGUGAUGGCAGAAAACAAGUGGCGAUAUGCACAGAUCCUGGUGUGUGGGAAUCCCCUUUGUUUCAAUGUCAAGCUGUGGAUUGUGGGGCUUUACCUUUAAUCCCAAAUGCCCAUCCAAUUUAUGUGAGCAACAGCACUUAUGGAAGCCAAGUUAUGUUUAAAUGCCAGGAGGGCUAUAUCCCCCAAAGUGGAAACCCAACUGCUUUUUGCAAUGCCAAAGGACAAUGGGAAGGUCCCAAUUUCAUUUGUACAGCAACAGACUGUGGCAUCCCUCCAGUCAUCCCAAACACGGACAGGAUCUGGGACAGCCAGACCAUCCUGGGCAGUGAAGUACACUUCGUGUGCAAAAAAGGGUUUUCCAGCACUUCAGGAAGUAGGCUGUCACGUUGCACAUCCAGUGGGUCCUGGGAAAUACCGGAUUUAACCUGUGAAGAGCUAAAUUGUGGGGCUCCUCCUGUUAUUCAGCAUGCUGACCUGAUGUGGAAUCACAGUUCCAGCGUGGGAAGCGUGGUACACUAUGCCUGUCAAGAUGGCUUUGAAAGCACCGGAGGGACCAAUUCUUCACUUUGCACGGAAGAGGGUGUCUGGAUGGAAAGCACUCUAGUAUGCACAGGAAAGGCCGCAAUCAGCGAUGUAUCCGUAUUUAAUUACACCUGUGUGAGAUGGAGGAAAAGUACUAGAAGAUCAGACAGGAAGGAGGUAUAUAUGAUAAAUGUGCAAGGACUAUGUUGGGAUCAGAAAGAAUUCCUUCAUGAAGAGAUGUUUAAUCUCACCACAGAGAGUGAGGCUCCUGAGGUUUGCUUAGAUCUGUGCCAGGGUACCAAUUACACUGUGAACAUCACCACUGUCUCUCCUGGGAUUUCAGUGCCAGUUACCAUCAUGAUCCAAACAGCUGAAGAGAAUGAAUUCUUCAAUGUUUUGAUAUUUAAUGAAACUUGUUUGAAAUGGAGGAGGACUGGGAAAGUUGGGAUAGAGGAAAUGUACCAAUUUUCUAUCCUGGGACGAAGAUGGUAUCAGAAUGACUUCUCUAAUGCAAUGACGUUCAACUUCACUACCAGUGAUGGAGCUCCAGAGUUGUGUUUAGAUCUAUAUCCUGGAACUAAUUAUUUAGUGAAUAUUUCCCUUAUGACAUCUUCCGAGCAUUCUGCCCUUAUUCCCAUAGUAAUUCCAAGAGGAGUAAAGGAAAUAAUCAGUAACAUGUCGAUAAAAAAUGAAACCUGCUUGAUGUGGAAGGGAGACGUAAAGAAAACUGAUCCAGAAAUGUAUUUUAUCCACAUCCAGGGGCAGAGAUGGUAUCAGCAAGAAUUUGCUCAGGAAGUGGCAUUUAACAUCACCUCAGGCAGCAGAACCCCAGAGUUAUGCCUAGACCUACAUCCAGGAACCAACUACUCUGUGAAUAUCACAGCAGCCUCUUCUGGUUUUCCUGUGAUUGUCACCAUGACAACACAAAUAUCUGAGCCACCACUUCCAGAGAUUGAAUUCCUAGAAGUGGAAGGGGCUUUGCCACCCCUGAAUUUGCGGAAAUCCGAGGACAGAAAUGGGCCCAUCAGUUCUUACCAACUGCUGGUGCUUCCCUUGGAUGUACAAAGCACAUUUACUUGCGACUCUUUGAGGGCUACAACUUACUUUAGCACUACUGCUCAUGCCGAGGGAUAUGUGGCUGCGGAAUUCCUGGCUAAAGAUGUUACUGAUAACAUGGAAGUCUCUCUUGGAGAUAGACUAUACUAUGGGAAGUUUUAUAAUGGCCCCCUGAAAGGGGGAAAAGAUUAUUGCAUUGUUUUGCGAAUCACAAGUGAAUGGGAAAAGGUCAGGACGCAGUCCUGUGCAGUUUGGGCCCAAAUUAAAGGUUCAUCACUCAGUCUGCAGCAGAUGAUGGGCGUUGGAUUGGGCUCACUGGCUGCUGUUGUUGUCUUAGUGCUCCUGUCCUUCAUCGCAGUGUGGGGACAACGGCAUACAACACAUUCCCUAUAGAUCUUCUGCAGUGUUGGCCUUCCACAAUUGAAGGUUCCUGGCCAUGAAAUCACUUUUUGAGAACCACCUGGGAGCUGUCUUGAUCAUAUCCCCAAAGCGGAACCAGAGGAAUAAUGCAAGAACGUGGCUGAAGAGAGCAAGCAUUUAGCAUUGCAAGCAUCAAAAAAUAAAAUCCUACAAUGUGAUUCUACCUGAAAUGAAACCUUUCUACAGCAGCUUCAGAGAUAGCCACUCACCCAAGGAGGGCGAGUAGGGAAAUAAAAGAUGUAUUUCCAUUAAUUUCACUACUAUUGAUCCAUAGGCAGGGGCAGACUGCUAACAUAGAUGUAUGGAUGUUGAGGGAAGUCAGGCUUUUGGUAUUGAUUUAGGUUAAGGGAAUAUUAGAAAAUACAUGUGACCAAGCAAUCACUUUAGGAAACAGGUUAGCUCGGCUGAAGGAGCGAUCCAUAUGCUCAUUCUAAAGUCUACUGUGCAGUACGAAGGGCUUUCUGGAUACCUAGGACCAUGACGAUGGCUCCAAGACAUGCCCACCAAGGAUGUCUCUGGAGACUAUUACCCCAGAUGAAGCUAGCCACUGUUUGAGAGCUCAAAUGGUGAACACUGUUGACAAUGAGAGUGGUGAAGAUUGCAUUAUUCGCUGAGGAAAUUUUGACCAAUGGUGAGCACAAAUCAGACCUCCCCGGAAGAAACUAGGUGAAAAUGCCGGGCCCACAGAAAUAUCGGUGAGGCGGAAGUGGGUGUAUUUACCGUAAUCAAAUCCCUUCCACACUGCAUGGUAUUCCCAUCUGUCAUGAACCCUCUCAAUUUGGGUCCCUCCAAAAAACUCUCAGACUCUCACACAUUGCUUCUGUCUUUUCCCGGUCCUCAGACUGGCUUGUUAGGUGCUCACAACACAGAUAAGAAAAUCCCUUAGAAACUUUAGCCUCACCUGCGGCUUCUAAGAGAGCUGACCUGUGGAUGCUGCAGCUAUGCCGGUCUACUUUCACUAUACUUUUAGAGGCUUCGGGGAGGCUGGAACGACUCAGGAACCCCAAAACGAUCCUCUGGGUUCUCACCCCCACCUUGGGUGUUGAAAGCCGUGGAGAGUAUAUUCCUGGAUGCCUGAAGCACUGACAGGAGAGGUUGGGAUGGUUGAGUUGGUAAAAAGACGGUGGGUGGCAGGAAGGGUAUGAACACUGAGAUUUUAAGGCAGACAAUCUGGGGUUGGCAGUAGGUCCAGUUUUACUUCUUGGAUUUUGGCAGAGUGCUGACUGAGCCAUGUUCUCUUGUUUGAUAAUGAUGGAAUUUGUUAAGCACUUAUUAUGUUUGUUCAUGUCUCUUUGAGUUCAGUUUAUCAUUUAGCUGCAGUUCACCAGCAGUCCUACUUUGCUUUGCUUUGCACUAAUCACAGAGGUCCUCCCUGUCAGCACCAUCGAGCAGCCCUGAUGAAACAGGUGUUUAUGUUUCUCAAACACCACAAGCCUCUUUGGGAAUUUUUUUAAUGGUAUUUGUAAAGUGCUUACUAUGUGUCAAACACUGUUUUAUGC